AAUGAAUUACUUAGUUUUCAUAACCGGCAAUACUUAUUAUCAAUCAUAAUACGAGUAAAUUGUGAAGAACAUAUAAUUACCACUAAAUUCUAAAAUGCGUUCAUUUAGUAUAUUCUGUAUUUUUUUAAUAUUUUAUUGCAAUGAAUGCACCGCGACGGAAUUUUCGUUUCCUCAUUUUAUCUGUGAGUGGUCCACGAACAAGUCGGAUGAAAGUAGAAUGAUGAGGAGGCAUUUCUCAUCAUGUGCUAGGACAGAUUUACAGGGGACAUCGCUGAACUCCGAUGACGAAGACCAAGAAAUAUCGAAUUCCACCGCAACGCCGACUCAUGACCAAAAGGCUUUGUAUAAGUUACUCCACAUUUUAGAAAGGUCUCCUCCAUACUACGCAAUUUAUGUGAUCACAUUUGCGACAGCAUCCUGCGAUGAGGGCUUAGUUGAAAAAAUUCUAGAGCAAAUACAAAUCAAAAGAUCACAGGUCAAUUUUUUCAUCAGAGGCGAGUAUCCUUCUGAAGUCGACUACCUUAAAGAAUACAGAUUGAUUACUUCGAUAAGUAACGGAAUUACGUGGACUCCGUCCAAAUUGAAUCCGUUUACAGAUUGUAAGUCUAUGCGGAUAAAUUUUAUUCCAACGAAAGCACACCUGCUUACAGUUUAUGGCACUGAUAAUGGAACAUAUUGCAUGAAAACAGAUUCACUUUUGAGAAAUAAUUUAGAAGAUAUGAUACAAAGUAAUUUUGAUUCAAACGAGUAUGAUGUAACAAUCUCAAGAAGACACGAUCGAACUAUGAAAGGCAGAACUCAAGAGGUAUGUGUGGAAGUUCGUAGAAAAUCCCAACAUUCAAAACAUGCUUCUUUUUACUCGUUACGAGGGUUCAGCGAAAGCGACUUCGACUUCGAUUAUGGGUUCUCCCAGGACAACGUGACAUCAUUGGAUGAUACAUAUCUCAGACCAGUCAAAGGAAUAUCAAACAAAAUCUACGUAUCACCUUUCUUCGAAAAUACGCCGUACGGAUUUGAUCACUUCAAGAUACUCUUUUUAAAUGGUACUUCUUCUGCAGAAGAAAUACCUCUGGAACCCAUACCAAACACCGAUCUGUUUGUGGGAUCAUUCGAACCACCAGAUAAGGAAUACUUUUAUAUACAAGUCACAACCUACGCGAAUGGCGAAACAAUCUCACGGAUGUCACAUACUGCGAUGAAUGCUGCAGAUGGGUUUGGCAAGAAUAAACAAAAUCCAACGUUUAUACCCAAACCAACAUUUGUAAAUCAAGAGUAUCCGGAAUCAAAAUACAAAUCCAUAGCAAUUAUGAUUUGGUGCGUGGUUAUCAUUUUAUUGAUGUUGCUGUUCUUCACUUCGCCCGAAUAUUUUUGGAACUGUAGAGAAGUAACAUAACCACUUGGAAUGGACAAUAUUACCAAGAUGCUUUCUAAAAGAGUUUCGACAAUAAAUGAAUUAUAUCCAAGUGAUGCGUGUACAUUUUCAAUGCAAAUACCUAUCCUAUUACGAAUUGCGCACUCAUCUAUUCUGGAAGAUGAAUGUUGAAUGUACAAAUAGAAAUUAUGAAUUGA